GAGUACCAUGAUCCCUCUGGUAUAUUCCCAUUGAUCUCGCGUGACCUGGCAUCCAGACUACCUUUGCGCAACCUGAACUGGAAGUCUCCUNCAAGACCUUUGCGCUCUAUCGGCGCCCUCCAUGUCGAGUUCGUCCCCGAUGCCCAGACUGAAGCCUCAGAAAGCGACAAGCUGCAGCGUGUAGACUCCUACGGUUCCAGAUCUGGUGCUCCUUCAGUUGCCAAAGAAAGACGACACCAGAUUCCAGGCCUACGCCAGACUCCCUACCUCAGGAUCUUCCUCUUGCGAUGCGACGACAAGGACACAUACAAAGCUUCAUCACGCCAGCUCCUCCGCGACUGGCUCAACGAAGUUGCUCCACCUCCUCAGAGUUCCUCCGCCGUGAAUCGAUCAGAGGACCACGAUGCUGCCGAAUGGCUUGUCCUACACGUAGUCAUUCCUGACACCAUCGCCGCUUCCGAACCUCGCUGGACCGCUGCAUCCAACGACGAGUUGGUCGAGAGGCCCUCAAGCACAACCAAAUGGCCCGGCAAGAGCUCAAGGACUGUACUGGACAAGAUACGCGCCGAUUUCACCGCUUCGAACAAGUCUGGUCCAGAGCGCAUCGCCCAGAUCAGGCUGCAGAAGAGAGAUGUUCCCNCACAGCUUCUACCCCAGACGCCUGUCACCCAACCUUACAUCGAGAGCCCGCAAGAACAGGACAAUGCCUGGCAGGACCUCAUUGCAAAGUUCAAGACUUUGAUGCUCAUGUCUUUUGAUCUGCGCGUACUACAGUACGAGGAUGAUAUCCGCGAGAAAGACUCCCAACGUGCUCUGCCUGGCUGGAACUUUUGCACUUUCUUCACCUUGAAAGAAGGUCUAGCUCGUGGUUUUGAGAGUGUUGGCUUGGUCGAAGACGCUUUGGCAAUAUAUGAUGAGCUUUCGGCAGGGCUCGAAUCUGCUCUACGUGAUAACGAACCUGGUGCUGCCCAAGGCACUUUCCUUGGUGACCUUGGUGUUCAGAAAAACUCUCUCCUGGAGAUACUCAACGCGCCAUCGGACGCUUCCAAGCUCGAAAAACUAACUUCCCAGUUUCGAGAACUGUCCAACCAGCCCUUGGACCUGAAUAACAAGGACUAUCGUGGUGAAAUUGUUUCGAGCACCAUAUCUCUCUUUGACUUUCGAUUAUACAUUUUUGCGAGGCAGAGAACACUCCUGCUUCGCCUGAGCGCUGGAAGUGGCAACCUUCAACAGGCUAGACCUUCCAGUGCCAGGGAAAACCCGAAAGACGACAACUUGACCUUCGCUGCUGAAGUUUGUAAGAGGGCGGCUCUUNUUGCCGCUACCAAUGCUCGUGCUCUUCGCAACGGCCUUACCGAAGGGUACGGUCACAUCCUUGUGCAUCAUAUAGAUUCUUGUGUUGAUAGCUGUGUAGGUNCUGAAUCCAAUUCUCAUCUUUCAUCUCUUGUGGAAACCAUCGCUUCUUCCUGGACCUAUGUUGUGCUUGAACAGAUACUUGGUGAGACUGCAUCAAAAGACUUUCCCUCAUCUGGUGAGAAGUCGUCAUUGCUACCGCAGAGUAAGACGCCGGGUGUCUACUCUAAGAAAGAGGCAGGCGGUCACUUCAACUUUUCUCAGGGAGCAAAUACUCAUCCCACACGGUCAAGCUCUCUACAGCGCAGUGCGUCGUCCUCGUCACAAUUGACUUCACAGACAAUCUAUGAGAACGAACGAUACUCCAAGUCUAGCCCCAAUCCUCAGCAAGAUAGUGUGACCACGCAUGGAUCUGGCAUCGCCGUGCUUGCCUCUGGCCGAGCUCAGCUCUUCCUCAUGCAGCGGAGAAUCAUCGAAGCUCUCGCAAAGCAGAAAGGCUGGCUCUCAGGCUGGGCUGCAAUCAAAGCAACGCAAGCCCUGGCUGACAUUGAUCUUGACGACAAAGAAGAAGUUGGAGCAGACGGGGAAGUGUCAAAGGAAUCAACUGCACCAGCAGAUAUCGCCAAGAUUGCGACAAUGCUUCUGAAUGCACCCCUACUGGCUGCGCUCGCCUCUCUGGAAGAUUUCAGAGCUGCCUAUGAACAACUGAGCACGCUUGCAGCGUCACAUUUCACAACAGCGAACCACACCAAAUCUGCAGACUCUGUUCUGUGUGAUCUUGCCAUACUCAAANUAGUAGGUCUUAUGAAGUACAUUGACAACUCUACCCCAACUGACCCUUUUCUCAGCCAACUUGGUGAUGUCGCCCAGGCAGCCACCUAUUUCCAGCGCUCAUCUUCGACCUUUUCCAAGACAAGUUGGUCGUAUGUCCAUGCUGAGAUGUUGAGAAUAUACGCAAAGUGUCUGAAAGAUCUGCACCGACGGGAUGAAUACAUGAGAGUGAUGCUGAGUCUGCUGGGUAAGGUUGUUACACAUCGUACGACGAGAGCAUUGCCCAGAGUACGCAGUCCCUCUACAUGGCUAGACGAAGAGACAGUUGAUGUGAGCGGUAUUCUUGGGGAGCUUGUUAGCUUCUCAGAGAAACUACCUUACAACUUCACCACCUCGAUGUCUGAUNUUUUCGCUGGAAUCGACGUCGGCGCAGAGAUCAUACUGCAUCCAGAUCAGGACGGCUUUGGGUUGAAUGUUCGCUUCAAGCAUCUUCUGGAUGAUGACCUGAAAAUCGAUCGCGUCAGACUACGACUGGUACUAGUAAGCGACUAUAGCCAGGAGAUACUUCUGCAGAGUGAUGGCCCUCUGGAAUUGAAACGGGGCUUUACUGAACUCCAAGUUCAUUCAAACGUCACAACCUAUGGGCAUUAUCUGAUCGACAAACUGGUACUAGUGUCCAGGAAAAUACACUUCUCACACGACUUUCAGCCAAAACCACAGACGACACCGCUAGGCAUCACUAACGCCAACAUAUCCGAGAGAAGAUCCAGCAUGAGCGGGCCAUCGCUACUGGUCUACCCUCAUGGCAAUUCUCUGGAAGCUCGAGCAGCACUGGCCAACGAGAUACAUAUCGACAAAAUACGGUCCAUCGUGCUCACGAUUUUCACAGGGCGCAACAAGACCAAAAGUCUCGAUCUGAGGCUGAAGUCUGCCUCCGCUGGGCUGAGGCUACACACUGCAGAUGCUGCAAUCAUAGAGAGCGGCCACGGCCAGCUAGACACAUCGCAGGCUGGUAUGCUCAGACUUGGUGCUAUAGAAGCAGGAGCUGAGGUGAAAGUUCGAGUACCUUACAGUACAGAACGCAGCCUUGACGAGCUUACUGUUAAGCUGGAGGCGAGUUAUCAGACCAGUCAGGGAACAUUCUCAUACCUCCGCACUUCGGCGAUUUCGGCAGCGCUACCCUUAGAUGUGGAUGUUAACGACAUCUUCAAGUCUCAGGCUCUGUUCUCACGGUUUAGUAUUAGAACGACGAACGCGAUCCCACUGAAAAUUACGAGGGUGCAAAUAGAGGACUCGCAAACAUAUGGAGUACGAGCUCUACCUUGUCCUCUGCCGAUCACUGUGUUCGACAAACAACCAGCCAGCCUGACCUACAAAAUUACGAGAAAGGAAGCCGAUGGGAGCAAAAUAAGCAAGAAGGAAGCUGCAUUGGCACUAAUGGUUGAGUACACACGCUCAGAUGAGGCCGUCUUCGAGAAGCUUGGCAAUUUGCUGGAAACGGCAGUAGUGAACAGCCCUUUUGCGGCUUUGCGACGCCUGCUCGUGCCUACCUUGUUGAACAGGGCUAGGUCUUACGCACCAGCUCAGCAGCUUGAACAGGCUGUGCUGCUCAACGAGUUCCAAGUGCCUUCAUACGAGACAACGGGCUGGGGAAAGAUUGUCGCCAGUCUCACGUCUAAUAAGCGACAAGGUCUAGACGAGUGGUUGCAGGAGUGGCACUCGAAGCUCGUUCUUGACGAAUCUGCGCCAGCUUCCCUGUCAAGGAAGAUCACGCUAUCGGUCGAAGUCCCAACUGUGGAUGUCCUGCACAGCGUCAGUUUGCAUCUUGAUAACGAUGACUCUACCAGAUCAGUCAUUAUCGGUCGUCCGCUACCAGCCACUCUUUCCAUCAAACACACAACACGCUGGGCCAAUGCAGAACUACCGUCGGAUACACCUCUUGCAUUCUCAUACACCAUCGAUGCUCCUGUGGACGGUCCAUGGCUCGUGGCUGGACCCAAGCGCUCACGUUUCAACCAUAAGCCCGAUGAAGAAGAGACCAAAAUCUCUCUCGUGCUGGUACCCUUGAGACCAGGCAUGCACCUCCUGCCUUCCGUGGACAUCCAACCAGUCAGCACUUCUGUUAACAACCCUGAUUCGAACGGCCCAUCAAGAUUGCUCAGCCCUGGACAGACCAGUGGCCCUGUCGAGGAAGGAACAACACAGCCUCUCAUCAGCUGCGAGACUGAUUAUCGCAAUUCUGGAGAAAUCGUGCUGGUGGUGCGAGAAGCGAGGACGACAACAGUGACGGUGAGGGAGCGAGAUUUGAUGCCAGCGCUACAAAGGAUACCUACUGCUACUGAGUCGGGAGGCCACCGCACCUUCAUCGUCCUCAUCAUCGCCACCAUCACAUCCUUCAUCGGCAAAAAGGCCUGGGACGGCAAGUACAAGGACUCCGACAAAGAAGCAAAGAAAAAGGAAAAGAAGAGGAGUUCCGGGUACAAGGCUGCCAGACAUGAAAACUAUGAUCCAGAGGUUGGAAGGGGUUCGUUUUUUGAUGAU